AUGACCAAGAAAGUUUUCAUUACAGGUGCUACCGGUUACAUUGGUGGUGAAGUAUUAUAUCAAUUAUUGAAUAAUAAAGAUACUGCAAAUUUUGAGAUUACUGCGCUAGUUAGGUCAGACAAGAAAGCUGCUAAUUUAAAAUCUAAGACCAAAAAUAAAGUUAAAACAGUGAUUGGAACUUUAGAUGAUAUCGAUUUAAUUAAGGAUCAAGCAGCUAGAAGUGACAUCAUUAUUAAUACAGCAGAUGUUGAUAACGUUCCAAGCGCUCAAGCAAUUUCUGAUGCUUUAGUUGCUUCCAUUACUCCUAAAAUUUUGAUACACACUUCAGGUACGUCAAUUCUUGGAGAUGGGCUAGCUGCAAAGAAACCUCCUGCUAUCAAGAUUUAUUCUGAUUCUGAAAAUAUUGAUGAAAUCAAUGCUCUUGAUUCUAAACAACCACAUCGUCCAGUUGAUGAAAUUGUCCUUGAUAUUCAUGAUAAAAAUCCCAAGAUCCAAACUGUUAUUAUUUGUCCUUCAACCAUUUAUGGAAUUAGUAAAGGUUAUGAUAAUAUAAUCUCCAUUCAGAUCCCAUUCUUAAUACGUUCAAUUCUUAAAUACAAGAAGGCAUUUUCAGUUUACGAUGGUAAUUAUAUUUGGAGUCGUAUCCAUAUUAAGGAUUUAGGUGAGCUAUACCAAUUGCUAUUAGUGUCCAUUCUUACUAAUAAACAUGUUCCUAUUAACAAAGAGGGGUAUUACUUUGGUUCACUAACAACUAAGGAUGUUCCAGGUAAUGCCAAGCCAACUGAUAUUGAGCAUACUUGGAGACAAAUUUCUGAAGCCAUUGGCCAAAAAUUGUACGAAAGAAAGCUUAUUUCGUCUCCAGAAGUUGAGGAGUUAGAACCAAGUAAAAUCAUCGAUUUGACUGAUGAAGAAUUUGCUCCUUUUUAUUGGGGUACAAAUUCAAGAAGUAGAGGUGAUAAUGGGGUAAAAUUUGGUUGGACACCAAAGUUUACUUCGAGAAAGGAAUUCUUUGAUUCGAUUGAUGACGAUAUUGAUUACAUCCUUAAACAUGAUUAG